ACGCCCGACGCCGGGCCCGCGGGACACGCGCUCUUCCAGGACGUUUUCCGCAGAGCAGACAAGAAUGAUGAUGGUAAACUCUCGUUCGAGGAAUUCCAGAAUUACUUUGCCGACGGGGUUCUCAGCCCAGGGGAGCUGCAGGAACUGUUCAGAGGCAUUGACGGGCACUCCACUGACAACUUAGAGACAGAGAAACUGUGCGACUACUUCUCAGAACACCUGGGUGUCUUCCGGCCUGUGCUGGCUGCGCUGGAGUCGCUGAAUCGCGCAGUGCUCACUGCCAUGGAUGCCACCAAGCUGGGGUAUGAACAGGCCUCCAAGGUGGACCAGUUUGUGACCCGCUUCCUGCUACGGGAGACGGUGAGCCAGCUGCAAGCCCUACAGAGCUCUCUGGAGGGGGCAUCAGAUGCCCUGGAGGCCCAGGCCCGCGGCGCACGGUCAGAUGAAGAGAGUGCGGAAAUACAGAGCAGGCCCCGUGGCAGCCGGCGGGCAGGGCGCAGGGCCCUGAGGACUGUCAGUAGGUCACCCAGCUGGUCGCCUGGCUCCACUGACACAGGGCAGAGCUCAGAGGCUGAGAAGCAGUGGCGGCUUCAGGUCAACCGCCUCCAGGAGCUCAUCGACCAGCUUGAGUGCAAGGCCCCCCGGCUGGAACCCCUGCAUGAAGAGGAUGUUGCCAAGGGGCCUGACUCGCACAUCCUCGUGGCCCAGAGGCAGGUCCAGGUGGCAGAGGAAGCCUUGCAGGACUUUCACCGGGCCCUGUGCUGCUAUGUGGACUUCACAGGGGCCCAGACCAAUUGUCUGCAUGUGUCUGCCCGGAGGAUGCUGGACAACACCUCAUUCACCUUGUAUGAAUUCUGGCAGGACGAGGCCUCCUGGAGGAGGCACCAGCAGUCGUCCUGCAGUAAGGCCUUCCAGCGCAUCCUCAUCGACCACCUGCGGGCCCCGGACACCCUCACCACUGUGUUCUUCCCAGCCUCCUGGUGGAUUAUGAAUAAUAACUGAGUCCGACCUGCUCUAGCUGAGGGCUCCGGGGCCCUGCCUCCUCCUGGAGCCUCCUGGACUGGAUAACUCGGCACCCAGACCAAGGACCCUGCUUCCUUCGGGACCUGGGCCCUGGCCGGCUGGUGGAGGGUCUCAGCCCAGGGAUCAGGAACUGGGCUGCUCGCUUCCUAUCUACUUAUCAGUGUAUUUUAUGGUUUGUAGCUCCAGUCUCCAAGGCACUCCUGGCGUAGGAGGCCUGGAUUCUGGUCCUCGCUUCCUCUGCCUGUGUGACCCAAGGCAGAUAUCUUCCCUCUCUGGGUGGGCCUCAGGCCACCUGGCUGCCUAGUGGGUGUCCUGCUUUCUUCCUCCUCUCUUGGGGCCAGGCUUCUGCUCUUCCCCAACUAGCUGCAGAAGUAGGGCUGAUCCUCAGGGACCCCUCACCCCUCCAACCUCGACUCCUGAGGCUGAGCCAGAUCAGUCUGCAGUGUGGAGUAAGGACCUGGGCAUUCCCAUCAUCUUCCUGGGCCAGCAGGCUUCAGACUUGCACCCAUGGCUGUACCAGACUCCCCUGGAGGACCCUGGGAUGGUUUGCAUGUCAUUUGCAUAUCAUUUGCAUGCCACAUCUCACUCAUCCUCAGGGCACUGUGGGAAACCCCUAGGAGUCCUUACCAAGUAGCAAUAAUUUGGGCCCAGAGUCACCUGUUCCCCUGGGACCUCCCAGUCCCUGCCAGGGUCCUCAGCCACAGAGGCAAUAAAGGCAGU